AUGCCAGCCUCCCCCGCUAUCUCAGUUCCAGAUCUGUCUACCCCACCCAUCACGUCCCCCACGUACAAGCUUGAAGUAACUGCGUACCCGGAGGCUAAAGAUGCCCUUUCGAAUGGCUUAUUGCGUCUGAGGACAGACCACGUCAGCGGGGCCAAAGACCUCGCUACGACGGCAGUAUUUUCAUUGGUGCGCAUUGCAGAAAUUAUCGCGGAGAGACUUAUUGAGGAGAUAAAGCAGGAUGAGGCGCAGACACACGGGGGUAAGUUGCACGGUUCGCCUCACUCGGCGGUGGAGACAUGGUGGGAGUCGUGUCGGAAGGCUGGGUGGAUCCUUUCUAAAUACGGGCGACCGAGUAUGAAUGCGGCGAUUACAAAUGCAAUUGUCAAGGUGUUGGAUAGGAGCAGGCUGGGACUGGCACGGCUGGAUGAAGAGAUGGUUAGCGAUCGAUGUGGGGCAUGCGGGUUGAAGAGGAAGGUGUCCGGAGCGGAUGGUGACGGGGGGGAGCAGGCUGAAGCUCAAGAACGAUGUAUUAGGAUGGGUGUUGAGAGGAUGCAUGCUUAUUUGAUGGAGAGGAAUGAGGAUGCCACACGGACGCACAUUGCCGUGGCGUUACGGCGGUUUUUAUAUGAGAAAGGUACUGUCCAGGAUCAGAGACGAGUGGUGAAGAUCUUGACCCUAAGCUCCAGUGCAACGGUUGUUAAUGCGUUGGCGACGGUGUUGGAGACGGAGAGCAAGGAGAGCGGGGAUAGAGGGUUGAAUAUUCAGUUGAAGGUCAUGGAAUCUCGACCGCUCUGCGAAGGGGUAGACUUUGCCAAAGAGCUCGUACACCGCGCAGGAGACGUCGGGGCCACAGAUCGGCUGCAUAUAGAGAUCGCAUCGGAUUCUAGCGUUGCAAUCCUAGCGAGAGACGUUGAUGCUGUUCUACUGGGAGCUGAUCGGAUAUCUGACAACGGCAAUGUGAGCAACAAGACUGGUAGUUUACCUGCUGUUCUUUGUGCGAAAAUGUUGUCAGAUAAGGUGUCUGUCGUCGUAGUAUCUGAUCUCGAUAAAAUUUCCACGCCGGGAGCAAUGGAGACGUAUAGAGAGGAAGAGAAUGACGUACGAGAGCUGGAGUGCCUAUGGGACCAGCAUCCUGGCAGAACCGUGAAGCCGGCCUCAUGGCGCACAAUAGUGGAGGCUCGAAACGUGUACUUUGAGUGGGUCCCCGCAAAAUAUAUCGAUCGCUAUAUCUGCGAGACAGGUAUCCUAGAUCUCAACGGGAUUAGAGAGCAAUCUGAAAAGGCCCAACGUGUGGAACGACAAUUGUUUGGCUGUUUCCCCUAA